UUUCUUCUUGUGCUUGAAAGGUAUUCUUGCGCGUUCCUGCGAUGUCGUUGCGUACAACGCUUGUUGGGGCCGCAGUUGGAAAGCUUUCGGAAGCCGAAGCUGCAUGGCGUUCUUUGAAUGGGAUGUUCUGCGUUUACAAACCCGCUGGAAUCACUAGGAAAGGAGCUGCUAGUAUCUUGUCAAAUAAGUUGGCUGCAAGUUUGAAUCGCAUGGAGGGCGGAGUAAAUAUUGAGGCAUCUUCUUGA